AUGUCUGGCCGUGGAAAAGGUGGCAAGGUAAGACCAGACCCAUAUGUUUUGAUCCGAAUCUUAUUUUUCUUCAAGGGUCUUGGAAAGGGUGGUGCCAAGCGCCAUCGUAAGAUUCUUCGUGACAACAUUCAGGGCAUAACAAAGCCCGCUAUUCGUCGUCUCGCCCGUCGUGGUGGUGUCAAGCGUAUCUCCGGUCUCAUCUACGAGGAGACUCGUGGUGUUCUCAAGAUCUUCCUUGAAAAUGUCAUCCGUGAUUCAGUAACAUACACUGAGCACGCAAAGCGGAAAACUGUUACUGCUCUUGACGUUGUCUACGCACUCAAGCGGUCAGGGCGUACUCUGUAUGGUUUCGGCGCAUAG